AUGGUUCCCUCCGAUAUCUACAUCCUACACUUGAACGCGACCAAAAAGGUGAAUCACCACAUUGCGGCGUUGCCGCACAACCCAGCCUACUAG